AUGUCGGUCUACAACAGUCAGCUGGUAACAAGCCUCAUGAACGCCAUCGACCGCCUGAAUUACUCUGCUGACUAUGGUGUCGAGGAUGCUUUUGAGCUCUACCACAAAAUACAGGAGCACAAUGAGAGGAGGGGCCCUAGUACCGAUGGCAUAGGAUUGCCCGCCUUGGGCCAUGCUCUAGCAGGGAGUGCUGGUACUGCUCUAUCGCAUCUUAUUCUUUACCCUCUUGACCUCGUCAUCACUCGCCUCCAAGUCCAGCAACAACUCAAAACACCUGGAGAGGCUCCCUCGGCAGCCAAAGAAGCAGAUGACGCCGAAUACACCAGUCUCGCCGACGCGGCACAGAAGAUCUACACACAUGAAGGCGGACUCCAGGCCUUCUGGAAUGGCUGCACGACAGACACGGCAAAGAGUGUGAUUGAUAGCUUUCUUUUCUUCCUCGCCUACACGGCGUUUCGUCAGCGCCAGCAGAAGAAAUUGGGCACCAAGUCUCUACCUGUUUUCCAUGAAUUGAGUGUCGGCAUAGCUGCUGGAGCUUUGUCGAAGUUUGUCACGACUCCAAUCCAACAGAUUGUUACCAGGAAGCAGACUGCUGCUCUGAUCGCCGCAAGAGACAAGACUUCGACACUGCCACCAGGUACGGCAUCCAAACUCAGCGUCAAGGACAUUUUCCUCCAGAUCCGCAGCGAGCGUGGUCUUUCAGGCUUCUGGGCCGGCUACAGUGCCAGUUUGAUUCUAACAUUAAACCCUGCCUUGACCUUCUUCCUCCAGAACCUUUUGAAGAGGACACUACUCCCUCGCUCUCAACGCGAACACCCAGGCAAAGGGGCGUUAUUCCUCAUCGCGGCCACGUCCAAGGCAAUAGCAUCAAGCGUCACUUACCCCUUCAGUCUAGCCAAGAGUCGCGCCCAAGUCUCUCGCCCCAUGGCAGAAGAUACCCAACGCAAAUCACCCUCCUACCUCGAGAAACCAGAUUUGUCUUCCGACUCAAAGAUCACCGCCAGAUCCAAGAAAGUGUUGCGCUUGGUGUUCUGGCAACAAAUCCAACAACUCGCCAUCAUCCGCUCGCUGACAAACAUCUACAACACCGAAGGCGUAAAAGGUCUCUACAGCGGUCUAGACGCCGAAGUCGUCAAGGGCUUCCUCGGACAUGGACUCAGCAUGGUGCUCAAAGAGCGCAUCCACGUUCUCAUCAUCUCUGCCUACUACGCAGUCCUCAAAGCGACAAAGCAGUGGCCCCAUGAUCUUGGAUCCGUGAGCGAACAGGCAAAGAAUGAAUUCGAAAGGGUCAAGAGUGCAGCGGUGGAUAUGGCGGAGAGUGCCGUCGAGGCUGGCAAGGAAGCUGGUCAGCGUGUGCAGAAUGUUGGUGAGACGGUUGUCGAAGGCGUGAAGAAUGCCGUUGAAUCGGGUAGCGGCAACGUUGGGGAGACUGUACAGGACGUUGGCAGCAAUGUUGGCGAGAGAGUGCAAAACAUCAGUGAGACUGUGGUUGAGGGAGUUCAGAAUUCAGUCAGCAACAAGGAAGAGUAA